ACGCGAGCAACGACACCUCGUGGCGGUGGCUCUUGUCCUCGGCCGAGGAGCGGGCGAUCCAGCGCAGACGCAGCGACCUGGAGAACGCCACGCUCCGCUCCCCCAUCAUCAUCAACUUCCCCCAGUUCUACACCUUCAUCGACGACCUGCGCGAGCGGAAGCGCGACUACCGGCCGAAGACCAACUUCCCCGUCGUCAGGAACAUGGCGGAGCAGGCCAACUCCCAUAUGUUGGUGUUUGAGCGGACGGACUACGGGUACAACAAGGACGCCAACGGCAUGUUCGACGGGCUGAUGGGCGAGCUGCAGCGCUUCGAGUGCGACCUGCUCUCCACGGCCGUGUACGUCACCGACGAGCGCCUCUACAUCCUGGACUCGGUGGGCGAGACGUUCCCGCUGCGGACGGGCGUGGUGUACCGCCUGUCGUCGUCCUCGCGCUCCGCGGCCAACCUCUACCUGCAGCCCUUCUCGCGCGGGCUGUGGCUCGCCGUGCUGGCCCUCAUGGCGCUGUGCGUGCUGCAGCUCGUGGCCACCACGCGCUCCUGGACCCAGCCCAAGCACGUGGGGGCCUCCUGGACCACGGCGCCGUACAGCGUGGCGGACUGCUUCUUGGCCGUGAUGGGCGCGCUGUGCCAGCAGGGCGCGGACAGGACGCCGGACUCGGUGUCGGGCCGUACCGUCAUGGUCAUGUUCCUGUUCACGAGCUUCUUCCUCUUCACGGCCUUCUCGGCCUUCAUCGUGGCGCUGCUGCAGGCGCCGCCGACGCCGCUGCGCACGCCGCAGGAGCUUCUCGCGUCGCACAUGAAGAUCGGCGCCAUGGACGUGGCCUUCAUCCACGCCUGGUUCAGGGGCGAGGUGGACAAGGCGGUGAGGGGCGUCGUGGGCGACAUCUUCGUCAAGAAGAUCAAGACCCACGAGAGGCCGGCCUUCCUGCCGGUCUGGGAGGGCAUUGAGUUCGUCCGUCGGGGCGACUACGGUUACCAGGCCGAGAUGAACGAGGCGUACCACGAGAUCCAGGAGAAGUUCACCGAGGGCGAGAAGUGCGACCUGUUCGAGAUGGAGCUGUUCCCGAGCGAGGCCCAGAUCAUCGUCACGGUGGAGAAGUCUCCGUACCGCGAGGCCUUCUCCAGAUUUGUUCGGUGGCAGCGCGAGACGGGGCUGGUGGACCGCAUCGCGAGGCGCUGGUACGCGUCCAAGCCGCGCUGCGAGUCCGGCGGCCGCGGCUUCAUGGCCAUCGGCGUCCGGGAGGUGGUGCCGCUGCUGCUGCUGCUGUCGUACGGCUGCGUCAUCUCCCUGCUGCUGCUGGCCGCC